AUGGGGAAUGUUAUUGACACGAUUGAAACGGCUGAUUUUGAAACCAGUGCUUAUGAUAUCAACUGCCAUAGCUUCUCUUGGACGUUUGAAAACCUUCGUUCUUUAAAACAAGGAGUGGGAAAGUGUAUAAAGAGUAACAAGAUAGAUUUGGAAGUUAACGGUGAGCCCGAAAAAUGGCAAGUUCUGCUUUAUCCUGAUGGCUUUAAUGAAAGAGUAAAAGGAUAUUUCUCACUUUGGAUUAAAAAGUUAUCAGAAACAGAGAGAAAUGUGUCGGUUUGUGGUGAAAUUUACAAUUCAGAAUCCAAAUUAAUUGUUAAAAAAUGGACAUACGAUUCCCUGGCUUUGGAAAAUGUUCUUGGAUGGACAGCAUUUUGCAAGCGCAGCCUCCUUGAGCAAGAUGAAGUAAUUCUGAGCGAUGGGAUCUUUAAAGUUGACAUCACAGUGGCCUUUUACACAGCCAAGAAGAAUGUCCAUGAAUCUCUUGAAGAUUUUGAUACUGACAAAGUGAAGAGAUCAACUGAUGUAUGUAGGUCUUUGAAAAGUCUUCUAGUUGCUGAAACUUUCUCUGACGUAACUAUUGUGGCAGGCGAUGAAGAAAUAAAGGCGCAUAAAGCCAUCUUGAGUGCAAGAUCUGAAGUUUUUCACCAGAUACUCAAAAUAAGAUCCACACUUAAAAACUCUUAUAAGCUAACAUUCGACAAUUUGUCUAAAGAAGCCAUAAGAGAAAUGAUUCGAUUCAUUUAUGCUGGCGAAAUGGGUAACGUUUCCUUUGAGGUGGCUUGUGAACUUUUCUAUGCUGCUGACAAGUAUCAAAUAAAACUUUUGAAAAAAACAUGUUCAAAGAUAUUAGCCAACAAUUUGAAUCAAGAUAAUGUAUUUCGGGUUCUCAUCUUGGCAGACCGACACAUUUCGAUUAAGUUGAAAGACUCGUGUCUUAGGUAUAUAACAAGCAAUGCUGCGGAGAUUCAAAAACAGAUAGGAUGGAAUGAAUUGUUGCUGAAGAAUCCAAAAUUAGCUAACACUGUUAUUCAAGCUUUAGCUUUCAAAAGACGAGGAACGAUUUAA